UUCUAUUGUUUAUGGCUGCCUUCUCGCGUGAGUGAAAACGCUCUAUUAGUGUCUUAUGCAUGGUUCGAUGUAUUCUUUUGUGAACGCUUUCAUCUAAAGUUACAAAGAUUUUCGCUCCUGCUUUCACACGCGAAGAAAAGGUUUGAAGGACUGGAUUUUUGGCGUUCCAUUUUGCAGAAGGUCACACCGUGCAAACCCUAAAUACCGCCAAAGAUUUACUUAAGUAAACGGACCUCAAAAGAUGGAUCUGAAGACCUCAAAGCUCAGUCAUGUUGUCCUUGGAUUAGCAUUUGUGCUCUGUAUACAGUUGGUUCUUGUAAAAGCUGACAUAACACAAGCUGAUAUUGACAACAUGGCAUCCAAACUUGACCUCCGUUACAAAGUCAUCAGUAACUUGGCUUAUAAAGGAGAAAAGUACACUGCGAAGGUUAAUCUAACCAAUAAAGGACAGCUGCCAAUCAAAAAGAGUGACUGGACUAUCUAUUUUUGUAGUAUUAGACUCGUCAUCCCUCAGACAGGAAGCCCGCCAGUCAAAUUUGAACAUAUCAAUGGCUGCCUACAUAAGCUUCAACCUACAGCCAAAUUCCCAGAUCUGUUGCCUGGCAACAGUUUUGACAUUGAUGUGACUGCGAAGCACUGGGUUGCAGCAAGGACCGAUGUCAUGCCCAAUUGGUAUGUCUCUGCGCCUGGGUUAAAGCCAAAGGUUAUCACCAGCACAGUUGGAGAGAGCUUGGACUUUGUUGAGCCAUUUUUGACAAAAGAGCAAUGGAAGCGUUUUCCGGGCGAUGCUUACGACCCAUACACUGCGAAAAAGAGAUACGAUGAAGUAGGUAUUGAUGUCAUUAACUCUCAGGAUAUACCGCUCAUUGUUCCUCAACCUUUGUCAAUGACGGGUCUAGACAAAGACAAGAGAAUGACUAUUGAUAGCGAAUGGAAGAUAUAUGCUGAUAGUAAACUAACUACAGAAGCAAAGGUGUUGGCUGAUAAAUUCUCCAUGACUGUUGUCACGUCAGCACCCAGUCCAUCAACCAAAGUCUUGCGCGUUGCUAUUGGCAACAUCACUAUUGCAGGAAGCCAUUCCAACAGCCUUGAAGCGUAUACCCUAGAUAUAAAAGUUUCAACGCAGAUGAUCAAUAUCGUAGGGAGAAGUGCAGCGGGUGUGUUUUACGGAAUACAGUCCUUACUUGCUAUUACAGAUGACAAUGACUCUGUUCCUGAAGUGUUCAUCCAAGAUUCUCCAAGAUACAGUUACCGAGGAAUGCACUUAGAUGUUGGACGCAACUUCAUGCCUAAGUCAGCGGUCUUUCGUCUCCUCGACGCCAUGGCAACGUAUAAAAUGAACAAGUUUCAUUUCCACUUGUCGGAUGACGAGGGUUGGAGACUCGAGAUUCCUGGGCUGCCUGAACUUACUCAGAUUGGUUCCAAAAGAUGUUACGACCCAACAGGUCUCAAGUGUAUUCAGACUGACCUAGGAUCAGGUCCUGACGAGCCAACAUCUCCUAAUUACUACUCAGUCGGUGAAUACAAAGAAAUCUUACAAUACGCGAGUGACCGCCAUAUUCAAGUGAUUCCUGAGUUCGACAUGCCGGGCCAUGGAUACGCCGCUAUCAAAUCUAUGGAGGGUAGAUUUAAGAAAAAGAAUUCUACCAACCCAUCAGAAGCUCAGAAGUACCUUUUAACAGAAGCAGACGAUCCUUCAGAAUACCUCUCCGUACAGUAUUUCAAGGACGACGCCAUAAACCCGUGCCUUGAAUCGACCUACACAUUCGUAGAGCAUAUCAUCAAGGAGGUUGUGCUCAUGCACACAAAUAAGCAACCGCUGACUAUUUAUCACUUUGGCGGCGAUGAAGUUGCUCAUGGAGCCUGGACCAAGUCAAGUGCUUGCAAAAACCUUGCUCAACAAAGAGGGCUCAAUUUUUCGGCCAGUGAUAUCGUAGAUCAACUCAAAGACUACUUUGUUCAGCGCGUGGCGACAAUAACCAAAGCUAAAGGGUUGAAUCUUGCUGGAUGGGAGGACGGAUUGCUGGGUAAAGGAGAUGUCCCGUAUAACAGGAGUUUCAUCACGACCCCAGAGGUGUAUGCUUAUGCGUGGAAUAACAUUUGGGAAUGGGGAGGUGGAAAACGAGCUUACCAGCUGGCCAAUGCUGGUUAUAAGGUCGUUAUGACCCAGGCCACGCAUCUCUACUUUGACCACCCGUACGAACCUGACCCAGAGGAGCGUGGGUACUACUGGGCGACUCGAUUCACAGAUGUUCGUAAAACGUUCGGGUUUAUGCCUGAUGACUUGUUUGCUAACGUGGAAAACAAGAGAAAUGGAGAACCUUUGACCAGGGAAGAGUUGUGUAAAGAUCCAAACAUGUGCGUCGAUUUGAAAAACACAGAAAAUAUCGUUGGUAUGGCGGGAGCCCUGUGGACUGAGACUGUGCGCACCGCUGACCAAAUGGACAGCAUGAUUUACCCGAGACUCUUAGCGAUCGCUGAACGUGCGUGGCACAAGGCAUCGUGGGAAGGCAUGAGUGAUAGAAAUGAAAGAAACAAGAAGAGGACAGAAAAUUGGAAACAGUUUGCUAACCUUCUGGGACAAAAAGAAAUGGCAAGAUUGGACAAGAUGGGUGUCAAGUACUAUGUCCCUCCCCCAGGGGCAAGCCUUGAUGGGAACAAAAUCAGAGUUAGGACAUCACUUCCAGGCCUGAAAAUCAAGUACUCCGACGAUGAUGGCAAAAUAUGGCAAGAUGUUACAGAUAAAACAUUGAUCCACAGAAACAGCAAAUUGGCAACUUGGUCAGCAGACGGUAAACGUAUGAGCAGAAUCGUAGACAUAGCUGGGCAAGUUAAGGCCAACGCAUCAUCUUUGUCUGUCAAUACUGGGGUCAUGCUGCUUGGUAUUCUGAAACUAGUUUACAAGUUGGUCUACUGAUUUGUUUUAUACUAUUUAUUUGUUGUCAAAUAAAUAUGCCCUCAUUCACCAUA